GUUUUAUUCAUUUGGCAACAACUAACAGGUUCAUGCAUAUGAAAGAUCAAACCGAGUGUACAACUACUCUUUGGAUCCAUGCGGCCCUGUUUAUAUCACAGUUGGUGAUGGUGGAAGUCAAGAAAUGGUUGCAAUUGAGCAUGCUGAUGAGCCUGGUAACUGUCCAGAUCCUUCUGCUACAACUGAUAACUACAUUGGUGGCUUCUGUGCCUUCAAUUUUACAUCUGGUCCAGCUGCUGGUCAGUUUUGCUGGGCUGAACAGCCUGAUUAUAGUGCAUACAGAGAAAGUAGCUUCGGAUUCGGGAUACUGGAAGUGAAAAAUGAGACGCAUGCUCUGUGGACUUGGCAUCGUAAUCAAAACUCCUACCUUAUUGCUGGCGAUAUUAUUUACAUAGUAAGGCAACCUGAUGAAUGCGGAGUCUAAUCAGAGGUAAGUCUAAUUGAACUUUGAGAAAUUGUUAAUGAAACAGUUAAAUUUGAAGUUGGACCACGAUGGCUUGAACAUGAAGACUAACUUCUUUGAUAGUAUAAACUUACGAAUGUACUAAAACCAAGUGCAAAGAAAAGGAAAUUAGGUCUACUAAACAUGCUUAUGAAGUUGUUGCAAGUGAAAAGCUUGUGUUUGAUAUCCUAAAUUCAGAUAGAGAUCUUUGUAAAAUAGAGGUUAGGGUUGAUGACAAUUCAUGGGAAUUGCCUCCUUUCAUGUCCAAAUUUCCCUUUGCUUCUUCUUCCACCUUUGUUCAUUAUUGUUCAUUUAAAGAAUGUAAAACUAACGCUUAGUCCCUUGACCCUUGAAGGAAGAGAGUCUCUUAUUUCCAUUAUAAAGAAUAUUAUUCCCUAGGCUAACUGUUUUCUGAGUACAAGAUUCAGGCAUAGAGAGAAAUCAUAAGAUGUUUCAAUAGCACAAAUGAGUUAUAAACUCUAUAAAUACAAUUUACUUCAUCUUAAUCA